UUUCUCCCCAAUUGGACAAGCUGUCCCCCAUUAACUGAUCUUUAGUCUGAAAUGUGUCCCAUAAGGUAGCCUAAAUCAGGAAUACACACACACAAACUCCCACACAUUACAACAACAACAACACAUUAGUGUGUUGUAGGACAGCCCCUUUAGCAGAUGCCUCUCUUUGUCACCCAAACUCUUAAGCUCAGUGAGCUGCAUUGAUCACUCCAGAGACGCUCAGGGCUUCCUUGUGCUCCUCAUUGUCCUCCUCUCACUGCGCUUCUGCAAAGCUGCACUGGUAAGAACAGAAUCUAUGCACACUCAAGAGCACUCUUACGCACAAUUGAGAGCUGACAUGUUUGCGCAAAAUCAAACCCCAGCCAUGAGCCACGAUGACCAAUAUCUGAACUUCAUGGACCUAUUUAAUAGCUAUGGAGGCAAUGACACGACUGACCCAAAUUAUGUGGUCACCGGAACUGUCCAAAUCUGUUCUAAGGAUGAAGUCAACAAGUUUGGCGCAGCAUUCAUCCCAAUGUUCUACUACUCCAACUUCAUCUUGAGUUUCCUUGGCAAUGGGCUCGUCCUCUUCAUCAUCUACAAGUAUGAGAAGCUCAGUACAGUGACAAACAUCUUCCUCCUGAAUUUGGUCCUCUCCAACCUUCUCUUUGCCUCCAGUCUCCCCUUCUGGGCGACUUACCAUCUGUCUGAGUGGAUUUUUGGCAUGACUCUGUGUAAGCUGGUCAGCAGUGCCUACUUCAUCGGCUUUUACAGCUCCAUCCUCUUCCUCACGCUCAUGACAUUUGACCGAUACCUCGCGGUGGUGCAUGCAGUGGCGGCUGCUAAAAGCAGGAAGAAGGCGUAUGCCAUCGCUGCGUCAGUGGCAGUUUGGUGCAUCAGUAUCGUAGCGAGCGUGAAAGAGCUGGUUCUCCAAAAUGUGCAGCAGAAUCCGUUAAAUGGACUCGUAUGUAAGGAGUCAGGAUACACUAAGAGCACUAUGGACCACUGGCGUCUGGUCACUUAUUACCAACAAUUCCUGGUCUUCUUCGUCCUCCCGCUGUUCAUGGUGAUGUACUGCUACAUCAGCAUCACUGUCCGCAUUAUGUCCACCCGCAUGAAGGAGAAGUGCCGCGCCAUCAAGCUCAUAUUUAUUAUCAUCUUCACCUUCUUCGCCUGCUGGACGCCCUACAAUAUUGUCAUCCUCCUUCGAGCUAUUAACAUCUCCAGUGAGGGUGAAAAAUCGUGUUCUGACGCAGAGAGCUUGGACUAUGCCCUGUACGUGACCCGGAACAUAGCCUAUUUGUAUUGUUGCAUUAGUCCUGUGUUUUACACAUUUGUGGGCAAGAAGUUCCAGAGCCACUUCAGAAGGCUGUUGGCCAAGAGGAUCCCCUGUCUGAAGAGACACAUGAGCCUCAGCAGCCAGAGCACCAGAACCACGUCACAGAGGACACCACACUCUGCUUAUGAGUACUAGACAGGCACGCACGCACACACGCACGCACGCACGCACGCACGCACGCACGUAUGCCGCGCACAGCUUUUUGUCCCCAAUUGGACAAGCUGCCCCCCAUUAACUAGUCUUUAGUCUGAAAUGUGUUCCCAAAGGUAGCCUAAGGAGCACACACACACACACACACACACACACACACACACACACACACACACACACACACACACGCAUGUACGCACACACCCACGCACACACACCAAAUUUCACUUCCACUUCCUGCCAGACUCCUCUACACUGUAACAUUUCUUUCUCAGUUUGAAACAGUCAAAUAGUAUUUUGUUUAACUUCUCAACUGCAGACUGCUUAACAUCUACUUUUCACAUUGUAAUUGUUAGUUUUUUUCAUGCUUGAAUGAUGUAUGACGUAUUGUAUUUGUGUUAAAUUCCUCAAUAAAUGGGUGGUGAUGGUGGAUAUUACACAUGCCUGUGGUGUGGGACACCUGGGUUUGAUUCUCACUGUGAUACAUCAACCAAUGUGUCGCUGAGCAAGACACGUAAUCCCUAGUUGCUCCAGAGGUGUACGACCUCUGACAUAUAGCAAUUGUAAGUCGCUUUGGAUAAAAGCGUCAGCUAAAUGACAUUUAAUGCAAUAUAACAUAUGUCUUAUGAGACUCGUACUACUGUUUACUUUUACUUAUGACAUGUUUAUUUCUAUUCAUGCUUUGUUUUAAUGUUUAUGCUGUUUAUAAAGAAUUAUGGGCUUACAUGCAAUGAAGGUGCUAUACAAAAUGAAAUUGCCAUUGCCAUUACUGUUAAAUAAAAUUUAAGAAAUAAAAUGUAACAAAAGAAA